AUGGAGAGUCACUACGCGGACUUGAUCCCUCACUAUUACAAGGAGGACCUGCUGAAGGUGGCUACGCGCGGACUUCAAGUCUCGUCGCGCCAGGUGUCCGGUGCAGGACACAUGACCAUGCACACGCAUCCGAGAGGUACGGCCGAGGCGAUCGUGGCGUCACUUGUCCACGACACCGUCCGACUGCGGCUUGCAGUAAAGACAGGCGUGAUUGCCAAGCUCUGA